ACCGUUUCAGUGCCGAUUUGUACUUCGAUCGUGUUUGACGUUGUUUUGUUUAGGUUUAGGUUACGCGCUCCGAGUGGCGCAUUACGCGCGGUACAAUACCAACCGUAGAUUCGAAACGUGACCAGCUAGUACACCCGUCGCCAAUUACCUUUUGUAUACGCUUCUCGAUGGUGACCAGUGGUGACCACAAAAACGGGAAAAAGUCGUGACGUUUUGUGAAUAAUAGGUGCUGCCUAUACUCUGACUGCGGAUCGCAGUUGGCAAUUUGAACGAUUGUCGCGCAGCGGCGGCGAGUUGUUUGGAGUCGAAACUUACAAAAACUCGGCUGGUGGUGGAAUCGGACAUAGAGGUAGAACUUUCGUGUUGAGUCGCGUGGCUUAAAGUUCGCUGAUUCAUACUUCUAUACGACGGACGUUGAAUAAGAUUUUUUUCCGCAAAUUUUUCGGGGGUAGUGAACGUUCAGAAUUGUUGCUCGUGUGGCAUUAAUAUUCGCAUAAUAGCAUCAAUUACGCCUCCGCACCAACAACUGGAACGUGGCGGUGGUGUUAUCGGUUGUUGUACCUACUUACCUGAACCUGAAUCCGUCUGCGACUGCGAAGGGUGCAAAGUGACGGAAAAAGGUUUCCAUUAGUUCGGUAUGCUAACCUACAGGGGCGGGGGAAAGGAAAAGAAUUUAUUGUGAUUUUCGGGGUUUCGCUUUGCUGUUGCCCUCAGUGCUCCGACCCGGUCAGGUGUCAAAUUUGUUAGGGGAAGCUAAAAGGUGAAAAGGAAGUAACCCGAAUAUGGCCAUUUGAAGGACGAGCAUGUGUAGAAGGAAAUGGCACGGAAAUAAUAGGAAAAGAAGAAAAUUGUGUCUUGAAGAAAAGAAAAUAAAUCAAUAAAAGUGAGCUUCCCAAAUCGGAUCACUGAUUUAGGUGCUAGGGCAAGUGAUUCGUUCUUGUUUUGUGUCUGUGUGUGUGUGUUGCUGCAACCUCCAACGUAUUUAGUUAACCAAGAAGCCAAUUAGACGUGCCGUGGUGUGUUUUCGUUAUCGCUGCGAACGAAUUUAGCCUCGUAAGCUUAAGUUCGGGACGGAUUAGUUCGCUGGCCGGUGCCGGUGUCUGCUGAUAAGCGAUCUGUUUGGGAGUUUCGGCACUCGUCGUUGUGCGGGGGACAAACCGUCUCAAGGAUGGAUGAGAAGGCGAAAGGAAAGGAUCCGGAACAGUCGUUCUGUUUCAUAAGGGGAUCCGACCCGCGGGCUGCCACCUGCCGUGGGAAGCUCCAGAGCCGCCGCUGUAAGCUGAACCAGGAAAUCAACAAGGAGCUGAGGCUGCGGGCCGGUGCGGAGAACCUGUUCAAGGCGACCACCAACAAAAAGUUGAAGGACACGGUCGCGCUGGAACUGAGCUUCGUAAAUUCCAACCUGCAGCUGCUGAAGGAACAGCUCUCCGAGCUGAACUCGUCGAUGGAGAUUUAUCAGGGCGAAGGCCUGGAUUACGUCAUACCGAUGAUUCCGCUUGGCCUGAAGGAAACCAAAGAAGUCAGCUUUAUGGAACCGUUUUCGGAUUUCAUCCUGGAGCACUACAGCGAAGAUUCCAGCGUGUACGAGGACGCAAUCGCAGAUAUCACCGACACGAGACAGGCCGCCAAAACCCCGACCCGAGACACGCAAGGCGUUGCGCUAUUGUUCCGCUACUACAACCUGUUGUACUAUGUCGAGAGACGAUUUUUUCCGCCCGACCGAAGCCUCGGAGUUUACUUCGAGUGGUACGACUCGCUGACCGGGGUACCCUCGUGUCAGCGGACGGUCGCAUUCGAGAAAGCCUGCAUCCUGUUCAAUCUGGCUGCCAUCUACACACAGAUCGGGGCUAAGCAGGACCGCUCGUCGGAAAAGGGCCUGGACGCGGCGGUCGACAACUUUCUGCGGGCGGCCGGGGUGUUCAAGCACAUCUACGACACGUUCACGAAUGCGCCCUCGAUGGAUUUAAAACCACAGGUCCUGGAAGUGCUGGUGGCACUGAUUUUGGCUCAGGCCCGCGAAUGCCUGUACGAGAAACUUUUACUACAGCUAGAAGAAACGACCAAUUCCGAUUGUAGUGCGUUCCACCGCAAUCUCUCCGGUGAGGCCACCCAGUUGUUGGUUGAAUACCAGGAGAUCCACCGAAUAAUUCAGAGUAACGAGGCGCACACCUAUCUGCCCGAGUGUUGGGCUGGGCUGGUCCCACUCAAAUCAGAACACUACAAAGCCCUUGCCCACUACCAUACAGCCAAAUCGAUCGAUCCGGCGCUCGUUAAUCUCAAAACGAGUACCCCUUCCAAAACUGGCGGCAAGCUGCUGAAGGGUCCCCCCGGUGGAGCGAUCGGUGCCUUCGGAAGCCAAACACUGACCCAGUCCCGGGAUACCUUCAUCUUCGACGAGAGUUCCCUCGAGGGUGACCUAAAUCCGGCAAUGUUGAAGAAAGCGCACCUCCGCGAAUCGCUUGCUAGUCACGAGGAAGCCCAGAGGCUACAGCGGAUGUGCCGCGAGCUGAAGAAUAAAAUUUCCCUCACCAAGGUGUUGAACUAUGCGCUGGAAAAGACGGCCGAAGAGUUGGAAGUUCUAGACAUGGAGCUGGACGGAGCGGGGUUCCAGGAUGAGGAUAUCGAUUUGAUCGAUGUGACGUUGAAUACUACCUCUAAAUUUACGAUUUCCCUUACGGGACCCGAUUUCACGGCGUAUAAGAUUGAGGAUCCGUUCCGGAAGCUGGGACCGAUUGCGAUAUUUUCCGCGAGACGCUACUGGACGGCACCACGCUGCAUACGGCUGCAGAAGGGUAACUCGAUGGCGAUGACCGGCGGUGGUACGCUGGAUCGGCGUCGUUAUGGUGGUGGAAGCAGUAGCGGGGGAAGCAGCAUUGGCCGAAGUGACGGCAGUCGGGAAAAGUGUCAAUGCAAUAAAACAAACUACUACAAAGAUGUGCGAUCGUGUGACGUGUGCUUUAAGAAUGUUUGCAACGCAUCUGAGUCGGAGUUCCGUUCGAGUCAAAACGGUCAUCACAAUGUCGUCACACGGUCGAAUGUGGCUGCGACGGCUGGCACCCUGAAUGGGCUUCAGCCCGGCAGCCAGGAUGGUAGCGACUGUGGUGGGGUUGACAGUUUUGAAAGCUUCGGAUUUCAUAUACGAGGCGAUGCGCCGGUUAUGAUUUCGACGGUGGAGAUCAAUUCGUUGGCUGAUCUCGGUGGCAUCAAGGAGGGUGAUUUCAUUGUGGAACUGUGCGGAAUUGACGUCAAAUGGUACACGCAUCAGCAGGUUUUGAAGCUGAUCAAAAACUGCUCCAACAGUUUGGACCUCAAAGUGAUCACUCCGAUGGAUCGCAAUUACCUGAAGCCAAUGUCCUCCACCCAUUCCAAGGGAUCGAUUUCGACACUGUCCGGCAGCUCGUCCGGCGUUUCAUCCGGGGCACCGAGCCCGACCGGUACGACCACCAAGAACAGCAAACCCCGGUCGAAGCUGGGUAAGAAUCGGUUGAGCAGUUUCACCUCCGGCAGCUGGAAUCCGUUCCGCCGGACGCAAAGUUUGGGCAAAAUUUUCUAAUUUACUUCUAGAUCGAGAAUGGCUCGGAAGAAAAUUUGAUGAUGGAAAGCAAGCCUUAGCUGUCUUAUCGUAUCGUUUAAGAUCUACGUUCUAAUCUAAUCACAAAACUUUAGAAGUGUAAAAAAAAAACGGAUGCCAUUAACCAUGCUUCACCGAUUCAUCGGUGGGUGUGCAGUAGAAAUCAAGUGUACUUAAUUUAUAGUGUUUUUUCAACCUUUAGUCUUUUAUUCGUGUGAAUAUUUAUUAUUUUAACCUCAGAUAAAGAUGGUCGAUUAACUUGGUAGAAACUAGAACCUACAUUAUUUAGGAAAGGUCGAACACAGAGUGAAGGGUAAAGCUCAAAAAACGAUCGAGUUUAGUUAUUUACGUGUAAAAAGAUGAAUAAGAUUGUACAUUUCACAUCUUUUUGUUUAAAGAAUAUUUUUAAAUUGCAUAACAAACAAAGGCGAAUAUGCUCACAGGAAAAACAUGAAAAACGCCUACGCCUAAACUUAGAGGAACUGAGUAUUUUUCUUCCAUAUUUUCGCGGUUAUAAUUUAAAUGACAUAACCUAAAAAUCAACUAUUUCGAAACAAGCCCGAAACUGAACCGUUACAGAAAUAAAUGUUGUUUUCAAAUAA